CUGAUGCUACAAAGCAGCCAUUGGAAUCACAAGUAUAGUCAAGAAUUCCGCACACGCGUUAUGACAAGCUACGGAAGCUCUGCAGAUGAAGUGCCAGACUUCGACUCGACGGAACCAUCGGACGGCAAAAGUUUACAGGGUCUUUCCAGAGACUAUGAGAUGCCUUGCACAGCAACCGACCAAAUAACGUGCCACAUUGUCCAGCACCUGCCUGCUUUGAACAAGUGGCUGCUUUACAACCAAUCUCAGCUCCGAGAGUCAACGGGAAAGUGUGGACAGUUUUCACUAGUGAUCUGGCGUUGGCCCGUCCUGAGGACUUCAACGGAUGACACACUCCGCAAGCGGCGUCAAGCAGACAUUCUCCUGAACGGGCUACUAAAGACACAUCGGUGCAUCGGAGAAAUUAACUUCCUUUCAUGUGAAUUAGCCACCGAACACUCACCGGACAUUCGUUCGGACGCUCUUGCACAAAACUCAUCCGUUAAAGUGCUAAAGCUGAACACUAACCACAUAAACGACCGCCUUUGGGCUGCCAUUUGCUCACUAGUACAGAUUGAGGAAUUCAAAAUCGAGCCCGGCAAGUUCUGUAGCUCUCCAGUACCCUCUGCACUAGCGGCCCUUCUGCGGACAGCGCAGUCUCUGAUCUCCCUCGGUGUUCCAGACUUGUGGUUCGAUGAAGCUCAAGCUAACGAAUUUCUGACAGCGCUCACUGCAAACGCAACUUUGAAGGAGCUUUCGAUCCGGGAGUCCAUGAGAUAUGGCCCUUUGCUGUUAAAUCGCUCCGCGUUUGCCGAGUUUCUCAAGAGUACGCUCACCCUCACCACUCUGACCAUCACGAUCCCAUUUUCUGCGUGUUACCAGCAAGCACAAAAUCACUGGCUCUGGAUCCUAGAGGGUCUCGUUAAGAACCGGACAAUUCAGAAUGUGAGCCUCGCAUACGUGAUAGUGGACGAAGAAAGCUCCGCGCUAAUAACCAAGAUUUUCGCAGAAAAUAAGGUUAUUCGCACAUUCAGCAUGAUUUCAAAGAGAGAACGUUUGGAUGCUCGAUUUAUGUCGAUGUCUGAAUGCUGGCUUCGGGCGCUCGCCGAGAACAAUACUCUAGAAAAUAUACGAUUACAUAUUGCCAUAUGGACGACGAAACAGUGGAAGCACUUCUUCAGUACAAUUGCGAAGCAGAAAAAUAUGAAAAGAGCAACCAUUCAAGUGACCCUUGGUGAUCGCCAUCUGCUGCCGGAGUUGUGUAAGAUGUUGAAAGAAACCGGUGCUGAAGACAAGGUGUCUCUAGGACAGUUCAACGUUGGAGAGGAACGUGGAAUAGUCGAAUGCAAGGCAAUCUCAGGUCUGCAUGCUUUUAAGGGCCAAUACGCUAAAGCUGAACUCUGCAGCAUUUUGAAAAUCUUGCCUUCACUCCACCACGUGAAAUUCCUUUGUUUGGAAAUCGCCGUUACAGGACGUAGACACUGCACUAUGUUCAUUCAUCGGCGAGUACAUCACCGCAACUCAUGCACUGGAAAAGUUAGACUUGAUGCUACGCAGCGAUCAAAUCGAAGACAAUGCUGGAGAUCCUUUCUUGACAACUUUCAUAGAAUCGCUUCCACGCAACAAAAGCAUUAAGCACCUCAAAGUCUGUGUAAGCCACAUGCAACUUGAACGAAUCAAGCUUUUGGCUGAUGUAAUUCUACUGAGCAAAUCAAUUCGAACCGUCUCCUUUAACGUUGAAAGGUCCUGCAAUGGGGGCAUGUUUUUUCGGCGCUUGUCGGUCGGCAUAGUGGACAAUUACCAGCUCCUCGGCGUCGCUUCAGGUUACUCGUCGGCGGGAGAUAAAGCUUUUGAGGAUUGGUAUGGUGUUCUGGAAGUUACACGCCGAAACAGUGAUCUACUUACGAGAGCCGCUGCAUUCGUGAACGGGGAUCGACAAGACAGAUGCGCUGCCUGCGCACUUGAUCGAGUCGUUCGUCACACUGCGCUGCCGGAGGAGGUUGCCAAGCAAGCUUCAGUGAGCGAGGCAGAUGCAUCUGCGAUGGUUCGCAGGGCAUUCGGGCGUCUGCAGGACUUGGACGAAUUCAUGCGACUCUCGGGAGUCGUGCGAGAGAGAGUUGUGUGCCACCCGCGCGACGACGGACGCGUCCAGUUGGACGGCCUCAACCACUAUUGCUGGGCUGCAGUGAGGCGAUACCUGUUCAUUGGUGACAUCAAGGACUCCACAUUUACGCGACCAAGCUCUUAUUAAACAAAGUGAACACUUUCGUUCAUCCUGAAAAAAGGCAGUCCUUGUAUCAUGCUUACCCCUUUAAAUAUUUUU